AUGACCAUUGCCCAAACUCCAGUGUUCUUGACAAAUCAAACUAAACUUUUCGAUCAAUUGAUUCCUUUUCAUAAACCCUUGAUCCCUAUGUGGAGGAACAUUGCUCAACAAGCUAGACUCACCGUCGCUUCUUCCAAAGCUCGUACCUUUCUUGGACUUUCUCAGAAGCCCAUCCUCCUCCUCUCGAAAAAUCCAAUCUUUCAAUCUCCAGUGUCCAUCUCAAACUCAGAAUCUCAAAAAUUUGGUUUUCGUUGUUUAAGUGGCAUCACGAGAACAGAGGCUAGAGGGUACACUAGUGUAGCUGAAGAGGUCUUGUCAACAGACGCCGAGGAAGAUCUUUCCGUUGUCGAAUUGUUGAAGAAAGAGAAGAAGAGAGAAGACGUUGGCAUUGGUCGUAGUAAGUAUCGGAAUCUAUGGAGGAGACAAGUUAAGAUCGAGACAGAGGAAUGGGAAAGAGCUGCUAAUGAGUACAGAGAGCUUUUGGAAGAUAUGUGUGAGCAAAAGCUUGCCCCUAAUCUUCCUUAUGUCAAGUCCUUGUUUCUUGGUUGGUUCGAACCGUUACGUGAUGUUAUUAGUAAAGAGCAGGAGUUGUAUAGGUUAGGGAAGAGCAGAGCUGUUUAUGCGCAUUAUAUUGAUCAGUUGCCUGCUGAUAUGGUUGCUGUUAUUACUAUGCAUAAGUUGAUGGGGCAUUUGAUGACUGGUGGUGGUAACGGUUGUGUUAAGGUUGUUCAUGCUGCUUGUUCUGUUGGGGAUGCUAUUGAACAAGAGAUAAGGAUAUGCACAUUCCUGAAUAAGACCAGGAAGAAAAAAGAGGAUGGUAAUGAGGAAAUUGAGGAAGUUGAAAAUGGAACUGCAGUGAAGGAACAAGAUAAGUUAAGAAAAAGGGUCAAUGAUUUGAUAAAGAAACAAAAACUGUCAGCAGUUAGAAAGAUCUUGCAGUCACAUGACUAUACAACACCAUGGACCUUAGAUGCUAGGGCUAAGGUUGGAAGUCAUCUUAUAGAGUUGUUGGUAAGGACAGCUUAUAUACAGUCUCCAGCUAAUCAGCAGGAUAAUGAUCUGCCUGAUGUCCGACCUGCAUUUAAGCAUACCUUUAAGACAGUAGCGCAAGGAAGCAUGAAAUCUGGGAGAAAAUAUGGUGUUAUCGAGUGUGACCCUUUGGUCCGGAAAGGCUUGGAAAAAACUGGGAGAUAUGCAGUGAUGCCAUACAUGCCAAUGCUGGUUCCCCCUCUCAAAUGGUCGGGUUAUGACAGAGGUGCUUACUUGUUCUUAGCGUCUUAUCUCAUGAAAACUCGUGGGGCUAAGCAACAACGAGAGGCACUUAAGAGCACACCCAAAGAACAACUAAAGCCAGUCUUUGAGGCCCUGGAUACGCUUGGGAGUACUAGAUGGAGAGUAAAUAAGCGAGUCUUAACUGUUGUAGAUAGGUUAUGGAGCAGUGGUGGCUGUACUGCUGAUCUGGUGGAUCGCAACGAUGUUCCUUUACCCGAGAAGCCUGACACUGAAGAUGAGAGCAUUCUUAAGAAAUGGAAGUGGGAAAUGAAAUCCGCUAGAAAGGAGAACAGCGAGAGACAUUCUCAGCGCUGUGACAUAGAACUCAAGCUUUCUGUAGCACGGAAGAUGAAAGACGAAGAAGGUUUUUACUAUCCCCACAAUAUUGACUUCCGAGGACGUGCAUAUCCCAUGCCCCCACAUUUAAAUCAUCUCGGUUCUGAUCUAUGUCGGGGUGUUUUGGAGUUUGCUGAGGGAAGGCCUCUAGGAACUCCAGGCUUACGCUGGCUGAAGAUACAUUUAGCAAACUUGUAUGCUGGUGGUGUUGAUAAGUUAUCAUAUGAGGGACGGCUAGCUUUCAUUGAAAAUCACUUGGAGGACAUAUUUGAUUCGGCAGAUAGACCACUUGAAGGAAACAGAUGGUGGCUGCAAGCUGAAGACCCAUUUCAGUGUUUGUCCGUGUGCAUAAAUCUCACUGAAGCUCUCAGAAGUCCAUCCCCGGAGACAGUUCUCUCUCACAUUCCUAUACAUCAGGAUGGUUCCUGCAAUGGUUUUCAGCAUUAUGCCGCACUUGGGAGAGACACAUUAGGAGCAGAAGCUGUUAAUUUAGUUGCAGGUGAGAAGCCGGCAGAUAUUUAUUCAGAAGUAGCUACCAGGGUUCUUGAUAUCAUGCGCCGAGAUGCAGACAGAGAUCCUGAAACUUAUCCAGAUGCAUUGCGUGCAAGAAAACUUAUCAACGAGGUGAAUCGGAAUCUACUAAAGCAGACGGUUAUGACAUCAGUCUAUGGCGUCACCUAUAUUGGUGCGCGAGAUCAAAUAAAGAGAAGGUUGAAGGAGCGCAGUGCAUUUAAUGAUGACCAAGAAACUUUUGGGGCCGCUUGCUACACAGCAAAGGUAACAUCGACUGCUAUAGAUGAAAUGUUUGAAGCUGCACGGGCCAUCAUGCGUUGGUUCGGUGAAUGUGCAAAGAUAAUUGCGGCAGAAAACGAAACAGUUCGAUGGACAACACCGUUGGGUCUUCCUGUUGUGCAACCUUACCUUGAAAUGGGAACACAACUUGUAAAGACAUCUCUCCAAACCUUAUCGCUUCAGCGUGAAACUGAUAAGGUCGUUGUCAGGAGACAAAGGACAGCUUUUCCACCGAAUUUUAUUCACUCCCUCGACGGGUGUCACAUGAUGAUGACUGCAGUUGCCUGCAAAAGAGCAGGCUUGUGUUUUGCAGGAGUUCAUGACUCAUUUUGGACACAUGCGUGCGACGUGGAUAAACUAAACAAGAUCUUACGUGAAAAGUUUGUUGAGCUGUAUUCACAACCGAUACUAGAGAAUUUGCUGGAGAGCUUUGAGAAAUCAUUUCCUCAUCUAGAGUUUCCUCCUCUGCCUGAACGUGGAGAUUUGGAUUUAAAAGUGGUGUUAGAUUCACCGUAUUUCUUCAACUGA